AUGGGCUACAAGGAGUUGAAGCAAAGGAAUCCGAAGCUCCAGGUGACCGAAGGCGAUCGCGAACUGGAGAUGCUGCGCCGAAGACUUCCGGCUCUGAUUAGCCACCGGUUGGCGAACACGACCGAGUGGUCCACGACUUGUGACUCCGCCACGAAUACCCAAUAUCGGCAGGCUCCCACCAAGUUCACCAUAGAGAGCAUUCUCGCGUCCCCACAUUGUGCCGAGGCCAACGCCGGGGCCACCAUCCUCGCUCUCUGCGGUCUCGGUCAUCCUCCCUUGAUGGGCGGCGUGACUCGGGCAACAGCGGUGGGCCGGAGAACGCGCAAGGCUGGUGUAGACAGGAAACCGCGUCAAGCUUAUAGCGUCAAGCAGCUCGAGAGACUGGAAUCUGAGUUCAAGAUCGAUAAAUAUUUGAGCGUGAGCAAACGAAUGGAACUCUCUGCGGCCCUGAAUCUGACCGAAGUUCAAAUCAAAACCUGGUUUCAGAAUAGAAGAACUAAAUGGAAGAAGCAGAUGACAGCGAAAGUGAAAAUGGCGCAGCGUUCAGCGAUACGAUGGACGACGGGGAUGACGGACGUGAACAGUGCCGGACAUAAUAUGAUCUCCAUGACAGAUGGAUCUUAUGGCAAUAAUGAUUCUAUGCUGAAUUCGUUGCGAGAAGCACCACACGAAUCUGACGAUGAUGAUGUCGACGACAAUGAAGACGAUAACUUCGACCGAUUAUCCAAUCUCGACGAAGCAACGCUCCGUGAGUCCGAUCGACUCACAGAUCCGAAUAGUCGUCUGACUGUCGGUGACGGCGAGGAUGAUGAGAAUUGA